AAUAGGAGGGAGACUAUGUUGUCCUAGGGGGGGUUUUGCUCCCAGGGAGGUUUCAGCAUGCCCAGGCAAGCUGUGCUGUCUCACUUUGCCUCACCUCUAUCCUUCUUUUUGUGAGAAAAUCUCGAAGCAGUUGUGUUCGCUGAUAUUUUCAGCUCUUGGCACCCUUUUUAACCCUAAAAUGGAUCCUGAGCAGAGCGACUGAGAAUGCAGGACCUACUGGAUUCACAGAUUAAACCAGCAAAGACGAUCAAUGACCACAAUGGACAGCCUCAAGAUAGGAGGAAAGCUAUGCAGAAGAAAACUUUUACCAGAUGGAUGAAUGUGUUCCUGCAGAGACGCGAUCCUCCACUUAAAGUGUGCGACCUGUUCACUGACAUUCAAGAUGGCAGAAUGCUCAUGGCCCUGCUGGAGGAGCUGUCUGGCUGCAAACUACUUUACAGGUUUAGGUCUUCAUCUCAUCGCAUUUUCAUACUGAACAACAUUUCCAAGGCCCUAGCUUUCCUGGAUGACAGACAUGUGAAGCUUCUUGGUAUUGAUGCCUCUGGUAUUGCUGAUGGCAUCCCUUCUGUUGUUCUCAACCUUGUCUGGAACAUCAUCCUGCACUUCCAGGUAAAGGAGGUGAUGGGAGGCCUGCGGCGACAUUUGUCCUCUAGCCUGUCUUCUUUAUCGCUUAGCACUUACCCAUCCACCAGUGACCUCUCACCACAGACCGGUGACAGUGACAGCUACACCUGCAACACCCUGCCAAGGAAGGGUAAAAAGGCUGCAAAGGAGCCAAAGUACCACAGCAAAGCCAUCAAGACUCUCCUGCACUGGGUCCAUAGAUGCACAUCAAAGUAUGGCGUGGAUGUGGAUGACUUUGGAGCAAGCUGGAGGAGUGGACUAGCUUUCCUUGCUUUGAUUAAGUCCAUAAACCCAGAACUGGUCGACCUGAGGGAAAGCUGGUCCAAAGAACCAACAGAAAAUAUCCAGCAUGCUUUUAUGGUUGCCCAUCAGUGUUUGUAUGUACCUCCUCUGCUUGAGCCUGAAGAUUGCACCUCACCGGACGAGCAGUCCAUCAUCACAUACGUGUCAAUGUUCCUGGGAUGUCAUUCGGUCAUAGAUGAGGAUCACAUGACACGUUUUGAUUUUCCUGAGAUUCCCAGCCUUGGAUCUCCUGAACCAGUCAGGUUUGGAGGAACCCUUGCUAAUGAUCCAGAAGCUGAAGCUCUGCUAAGAACCUUUGAGAACAGCAAAGAGCAGCGGCUGUGGAGACAAUGGUCCAGGAGAUUUUCAGAGACUUCCAAAACCCUCAACUGUAACACCAAUAGCGAAAGCUCCGAAAGCUCCUUUUCCUCCACUCAAAGGGUGUUAGAGCCACCCAGCCCACUGGAAGCGAGUAUAGCUAGCCAGGAGAUCCGAUCAUGGAUGGAUAAGGGUUUGGACCGAGGCUACAGUAAGAAAAUAGUGCAUAGAAGUUACUUUUCCCAGAGCUCUGAAGAAGGAAUCUACAGCUUGUCAGCUCUGGAUUCGGAUGAAGAGGAGGCUUACAGCUACAUCCUGGAUCUGAAUAAAGAUGUUUUCCAAACAAAUAAUCCUUCGAAAAGACAAGUACCAAAAGUAGAGGAGGAAACAGUCGAGGAGAUGGAGGAAGAGUCAAAACAUCUGGAAGCACUCGGAAUGUUUAAUGGAGGCAGAUAUAAACAGCGGGAAGGACCUCUCAAUCAGAAUACAGAUUUUAAUCCAGAAUCAGCAGUCAGGGCUCAGUCAGCAGCUCACAGGAAGUUUGAUUUGGACAAGAGCAAAUGUAACCUUGGAGAGACAAUAAACAACAAAGCUGUGUUGGACUGGGAGCCAGAGGCUGAAGGAGGAAGCAUCGAAGACCCGAGGUUCAAAAGAGUUACAAACAGGGACAACUGUACUGAAGAAGACAGCUGCAAAAAGAUGGGAAGUGAUGGAAAGAAGAAGGAUGGGUUUGACAAAACACAGGAUGGUGGAGUAAAAGCUAGGAUUUUUGAAGUGGCUAAUUGGAAAUAUGUUGAGGAAGAAGAAGGAGAGCUCUCUGAAAAAUUGAGACAUAUCAGUAUGACAACAGUGGGACAAGAUUUGGGAAGAUUAAAGGAAGGGCAAAAUGUAAAGGAACAGAGAGAGGCAGAAGAAGCUCAUGUCGAGAAGAAAGAGACAAGGAGUCAGAAAUGUGUUAAAUCACAAAGUUUAAAAAAUAAAACAGAGGACAGAAUCUUGAAUACAAAUGGAACUACAUUUAAGAAUGUGGGCUGUAGCGCUGAAGAAAAAAUGGAGGAAGCUGGUCAUUUCAUGAAAUCAUCUGAUUAUGGGCCUUUUCAAACAGAUGAUUGGAAGAAAUGGGAACCUAUGAUCAGGAAACACGAUGAUCCAAAAGCAGAUUACAAAACUACCCCCAAAAGGCCUCCUGAUGACAUCCAUGAAGGUGAUAAUGGUCCGACUUUGGCCUGCAGGCCAUCUUCUCAGUCAUUCAGGAACAAUGGAGGAUUCAGUCUUCAAACUAUAGCAGCCUGCUGUAACAUAACCCCAUUAGAGCUGGAAAUACUGCUGCUCCUGUGGAUCUUUCUCUACUGCUACCUCAUCCUACCUCAGACAUACCUCUGAGUCAACUUGACUGCACAUCCUCACAUCAAAACAUGCUUAAUUAAACCAAUUUCCACUAGUGCGCCAAACAGAGACCACUAGGGCUGGCCUGACGUUUCUUCCGGUCCACAAACAUUUCUUGAAGGCAACAUUUAAGGAUUAGAUUUGCAGCUUCCUGCCAGCAGAUUUAACAUGAUUUCAAAUAGUUUCCUGAUUUCGGAAUCCGCUCAAUUAGCUUGGUUUACAAUGUUCUCAAGCUGAUUGUUGCUGCUUAAAUGUCCAAAACACAGUUAAUGAGAGAGAUUUUCCUGGAAAAAUGAAUUCUUUCAGUUGUUGACACAAUCUACCACAUGGUGGCAUCGCAGGAUUACAGGAGCAGCAGCAGCUCAAAACAAGACACUUUCUACACAGCUUUUGGUUGCCUGCUGAAAAUCUGACAUGACCUGCUGUUUAGUUGCAGGCCUGAGAUUAUACUGAUAAUGUUUAAUGAGCAAGUUGACAUUUAGCAUCUUCUCGUGUGUCAUAUGUAAUGUAUACAGUUCAUCUCAGACACAAUGUGACAGUUAAAGCUUAUUAUUAAAAUAUGUUUUUUUCUGA